GAGUUUAAGGUGGGAAAUGUUUGGGCCAAAAAACAACAAAGAAGAGCUGAUGUAGUUGAUUGGGGGCUCAAACUUUUGAUCCAUGUAAAUUAUUGUAUGACCCACAAUUCUACUACAAGAAAGCCCAGAAACUCAUUCUUUUAUCCGCCCAACAACCCUUUUUUCAAGGUUAAACCCGGCCUCGUCUUUCCACUUUUGGGCUACCGGUUAGCAGAGUUCAUCGCCAAUGGCUUCCAGGUUGCCCCUUCUCAGAAGAAUCUCUAAACUUCUCAGACCUCUGCCUUCCUCGCCUGUCCGCUCCUCCCGUGCUCUGCUUCUUCUAGGGUCUUCGAGACCUAGCCACUCUCCUUGGUCCUUCGCCUCAUCUCGACGCUUCUGCUCUGACCCUCUCAAUCUCCCCCAUGAUUCUCAGGGAGCCGCCGCCAUUGAUUACCGUUCGGUUCUGCAGGAGGAUGAAUUUCAUAGAAUAGCUAAUUCGACGAUCCAUGACCUCCAGGAAAAAUUGGAGGAAUAUGGUGAUAUUGUUCAAAUUGAUGGUUUCGAUGUGGACUACGGGAAUGAGGUAUUGACACUAAAACUUGGGGCUUUGGGCACCUAUGUGUUGAAUAAACAGACCCCUAAUCGACAAAUUUGGUUAUCGUCACCAGUAAGUGGCCACAAGGCAGGAAAAAGUUUGAACCUUCACAUGUCCAUCGUUUCUCUAAAUAAAAAAUUAGGGUACGAAUACGAGGGAAUCAUGUUCCCCCUAUUUGAAGAAAAAGAGAAAUGUGUUACCAUCAUCAGCAUUGCCUCUUCCAUUAAACUUACAUAGUGGUCCGUCCAGAUUUGAUUGGGAUUUUAAUGCUCAAGCGUGGGUUUAUCGACGAACUAAAGCAAAUUUAUUGAAACUUUUGGAAAGUGAGUUGGAGAAAUUGUGUGGUGAGCCAGUCAAUAUUUCGUAAACUGUUGUGGAUCCUAUGAUUGUCACAUUAUUCUGAUCUUGGAUCCUGGAUCUUGGAAGCUUAUUUCACCGCUUAAGUAGGUUGCUUUGAGGUUUUUCAACAAAAUUAUGUUUCUAGAUUCUUAAAUCCCCCUUUUGGAUGUAAUUUUAAAAUGUGUCGUGUGGAAUUGGUUCCAGAUAAAUUCUGGUUCAACAGCCCGUUUUUAGGACCUUGAGUCACUA